CAGUGGACACUGCUGGCACAGGAUGCACUUUGCUGCGGUGCUGGGUGCUGCACGGGCAGCUGCCACUGCUCCUCUCAUCCGGGCUCAGUUCCUGGGGAUGGCAAGGCGCACCAUGGCCACCAGCCUGCUCCAUGUCCCCCCGCCCCAGAGCCUGCUCCGGCCGCUGACCAUACCAGAGAGGCUGCUGCUCGGACCGGGGCCCAGCAAUGUGCCCGCCCGCAUCCUGGCUGCCGGUGGCCAGCAGCUCCUGGGCCACAUGCACCCUGAGGUGCUGCAGGUGAUGGAUGAGAUCAAGGCAGGCAUCCAGUAUGCCUUCCAGACACGGAACCAGCUGACCCUGGCCAUCAGUGGCACCGGCCACUGUGCCAUGGAGGCUGCCCUCCUCAACCUCCUGGAGCGUGGUGACACUGUGCUGGUGGCUGUCAAUGGCAUCUGGGGACAACGCGCUGCCGACAUUGCCAGGAGGCUGGGAGCCAAUGUCCACGAGCUGCUGAAGCCCCCGGGCGAGUACUUUGCUCUGGGGGACAUCGAGGAGGGCCUGGUGCGGCACAAGCCUUCCGUGCUCUUCAUCACCCACGGGGAGUCCUCCACGGGGGUGCUGCAGCCACUGGAGGGGCUGGGGAAGCUGUGCCACCGGCACAGCUGUCUGCUGCUCGUGGAUGCAGUGGCAUCUCUCGGGGGUGCUCCCAUCUUCAUGGACCAGCAGGAGAUCGAUGUCCUAUACUCGGGGUCUCAGAAAGUCCUCAACGCCCCCCCCGGCAGUGCCCCCAUCUCAUUCAGCGAGCGAGCCAGGGAGAAGAUACUGAGGAGGAAGACAAAGCCCCCAUCCUUCUACCUGGACAUGGCUUGGCUGGCAAACUACUGGGGCUGUGACGGGGAGCCACGAAGGUAUCAUCACACGGCACCAAUCAACAGCUUCUUCAGCCUGCGGGAAGGCUUGGCCAUGCUGGUGGAAGUGGGUCUGGAGACCUCGUGGGAGCGCCACCGGGCCAACUGUGCCCAGCUGUGCCAGGGGCUGCGUGACCUGGGGCUUGAGCUCUUUGUGAAGGAGGAGAAGGCGAGACUUCCCACAAUCACCACCGUCAGAGUGCCUGAGGGCUACGACUGGAGGGACAUCACAGCCUUUCUCAUGGAGAACCAUUCCAUCGAAAUCGCCGGGGGCCUGGGCCCCUCGGUGGGCAAGUCCCCACACAGGGUCACUCCUCACCCUGAUGGCCUGGGCCCCCAGCUGCUCCCUUUCCCCUGGCCCCAGGGUACGACAGCCCCACUGCAAGCUGACAUGAGGUCUGGAUGCAGGAUCUGACCUUCCCCUCCUACCACCAUCACUGUCCCCGCACCA